CGACAGUUCACCCUGGGCAUCACAGUGCCGGUGGCAAUGACAAAGCGGGGCGGUCUCGCCUUCAAUGCGGGCUUUCAGCUCAACUUCGUCUUACCGUGGAAUCUGACGCAGUUCGAGCCGACGGUGAUCCCCGCGAGGCAUAUUAGGGAUCUCGAGUUGUGGGACACUUACGUCGCCAUCGAGGAUCUGUUGAACGAACACGGCUGGCGGGACGGCAGGCAGUGCCUUCUGAGGACCAUUUGCGAGCUCGCGGAGACGCCUCUCCGCAGAACUCACCGGGAGGACAUUCUCGAGGAAAUGAUUCACUUAAUUUUAACACCCACGGAAGAAGGCUCGUCGGUGGCGAUUAAUUCCAGUCACCCGAGCGCCAAGAAAUUGUAUCAGGAAGCCGAACGAUUGGGUAGGUCUGGUGGCGAUUGCAUCCUAACGUAUCCCGAUUGCAUCGAGUCGCCGUUGGAAUCGUUUACGGAGAUUAUAUUUCCUUAGAGAAUCGAGAGCGGAGCUCGAUCUUGUUUUCUGUAUCGCUUGAAAUAUAAAUUCAUUUGUGCACAAAUAGACAGACACACACACACACACACACACACACACACUGCGCGUAUUUACGCGCGCACUUGUGCGGUGAUAAAA